UGUUAUUUCUCCAAGAAGCUGCCAGGAGAGAAAGGAGAACAAGCUGGGAACUUGAUUGGAAUAAAACUCUUCAGGUAUAAUCCAAGCUGGUGAAAGUGACUGGUAGUUAUUCUUUACACUACUCACCAUUUCUCUGAUAUAAAUAUUACUUUCUCCUCAUCAGAAUUCUGCAACCAAUCUCUCUCUCUUACUCUCUCUCUCUCUCUUUUUUCCAAAAAGAUAUCAUCAAAAAUGGUUUCUCAAGCUUUUAACCAGCCUUCAUGGCCAUUCUACAAUAUCAUAAAUUCAAGUAUUGAUCAACUUGGCGAUGACUUUUAUGCUACUCUUAUGGAAAUGAAUGAAUUUUCUUCUUCAUUUUCAACCCAAGAGGAUUCCUCUGAUAUUUCUUCAAUCCCUUGUUUUUCCAAUAUUUGCCCAACUGAAUUUGCUUCCGGUACUGACGAUUUCUUGCAACCCACUUUAUCUGUGGAGGAUUUCUUGCAAAACCCUACUUUUGGCGGAGAAAUGGAGUUUAUAUAUGGAAAAUUGAACGAUAGUGAAAUCUCAAACGAAUUUCAAAAUGGAUGGAGCCCAAGCCCUUCAAUUAAGUCAAGCAGUGAAGCAUCAAUGGCUACACCACCAUCAUUAAUUUUACCAGAGCAAGAAUUUGAGCUUGAUAUCCUAAUCAGUGUUCUUCACCUUCUCAAGGCUUAUGGAGAAGCCAUAGAGAAUGAGCAGACUGAUCUUGCAAAUGUUAUUAUGACAUGCUUAAGUGAGAAAGUUACUUUAUGCGGUGAACCCUUAUUGCGUUUAGCGUUUAACUUUUCAUCACAGCAAAAUCAGCAUCAGAAGUAUCUAAAACAAGAAGCUUACAAGAAUUUUGAAACAGCUUUUAAGGCAUUUUAUCAAAUAUUCCUAUAUGGGAGAUUUUCUCAUUUUGCUGCAAAUUCAGUAAUUGUAAAAGCUAUGCCAGCAGAUGCUGAAAUUAUACAUAUAGUAGAUUUUGACAUUGGUGAAGGCGUUCAAUGGCCUCCAUUGCUUGAAGUCUUGGCAAUGCUAGGCAAAGAAGUGAAAUUGACAACAAUAAAAUGGGAGAAGUGUGAUCAAACUCCUUUGAUGUGGAAUUUUGAGGAGGCCAAAAGAAGGUUAGUUGAUUAUGCUAAAGAUUUAGGUUUAAGGUUGAAAAUGGAGGAGAUAGGAAUUGAAGAGUUAGUGAAUGAAAUAAAGAAAAGAAGAAAAAGGGGAAGCACAAAAGAAUGGUUAGUGUUCAAUUGUAUGGUAGGGCUACCACAUAUGGGGAGGGUAAGGAGUAGAAAAUUGGUGAAAGAAUUUCUGAGUGUAGCUAAAGAAUUAUUGAUGGGUAGCAAUAAUAAUAAGGGAGUUAUAACUUUUGGAGAUGGAGAUUUUUGUGAAAGUUCAAAGACUAGUAUAGGUUUUGGGUCAUUUUUUGAAGGGAAUAUGGUCAAGUAUCAAGCUCUUCUUGAAUCAAUAGAGUAUAACUUUCCAAUUCAUCUUGGAGAUGGUAGGAUGGCCUUGGAAUGUCUUUUUGUGGGUCCUUAUGUAUCUUCCCAUGUUUGGUUACAAAGAUGGAUGGAGAUAAAGGAAGGUUGCUGCGAUUUUGAGAUGGGGAGUUGCUUUGAAGGUUGCAGAAUAAGCAGAGAAAGUAUGGAAGAAGCUCAAGAAAUGGUUAAAAGGAAUGAAAGUUUUUAUGGAGUGAGAGUUGGAGGAGAGUGGAAUAAUGAGAUGAUUUUGGAAUGGAAAGGAACUCCCUUAUUGAGAUUUUCUGCUUGGAGAAAUUAAAACUUAGCUGCAGCCAACAAGAUACCAUUUUUAUUUUUUAAUCAAGUAAAUACUUGUAUGAGAAACAAAUUAUACAUUUUAUAUUAUUCUUAAUUUGUAUAGAUUAAUUGCAUUGCUGUAGAACUGUACAGAAGGGUAAUGAUAAUAAUAAGAAAUAUAUUUUUA